CAGCAUGCAAUGGCAAUGAAUCGUCAGAGGUAAGGGGCUGGAAUGAGCAGGGAAGCUCACCUAGGCGCACAUGCGUGGAGGGAUACAGACAGCAGCAGCAAAACAUGAAUGUCACCUCAGAAAGGCAGAAUCUGACAUGUAAUUACAAAGCUGGUUCACUGGAGAAGAGUGUCCUUCCUGUCCUGUACUCUUGCAUUGUUUGUGUUGGAUCGCCAGCUAAUUGCCUCGCCUUGCUGAUAUUUACAAGGCAAUCUGUGAAGAAACAUGGAAUCCUUGUCUAUCUGGUGAAUCUGUCAGUGGCUGAUCUGAUCAACUGCCUGGUCCUUCCAUUCAGAAUAGUUCUGCUUAUCAGAGGUGACGGCUUGGCAGAAAACUCUGGGGCAUGUAUGGUUGUAACUGCUAUCAUUAACUUGGGUUUCUAUUCUACACUGGCGUGCAGGACAUUAUGCAUUAUCCUCAUAAGCUUUGGCAGGUAUGUAAUGAUUGUGAAGCACCACAGUAACAAACUGAGUGCAUUUAAUGACGCAACUUUUGCAAAAUAUGCUUGUGUUGUGUCCUGGACUCUAGGAAUUCUAAUUGUAUCAAUACCUUUAAUUCACAUGUUAAAACAAAUGAGUACAUCUGAAUUUAUGUGCUACAGUGUCAAGGUUUACAAAGGCACACAGGGCACUUCCAUUUUGUUUGUAUUCAUUUCAACAGUGUUCUUUAUUUUUUUAAUGAUCUUUAUUGUCUUUUAUAUCUUUAUCAUAAUGCAUUUAAUCAAAGUGAGCAGAAGCAGUACAGUUCAACAAAACCAGGGUCUUCACAUUCGAACACAGUUCAUCAUUUUUGCCGCAGUAGCUACUUUCAUUGCUUGUCAUUUGCCAUAUUACAGCUAUCAAAUCACAUCAAGCAUUUAUCGAAUUACUCACAAUGACUGCCAACACCUCGAGCAACUGCAAAAGGCAAAGGUUGUAUUACUGUGGCUAGUUUCAUUCAACAGUUGUUUAGAUCCUAUUCUAUACUAUAUCAUUCCCAAGCGAUCAUCAAGAUAUAGAUUCAAUACAGAACAACAAAGCAUUACAUAAAAAUCUCCAGAAAUGGAAGCUGCAAAUUAUCGUAAGAAUUUUGUGAUACAUGGCAAUAUUUAUCAAAAUUCUUGGCUCUUAAAAUGAAAGCAUUGUGAUGAUUAUACUCCACAAUUUAUGUCAUUAUUUUGACAUUUGCAGUAAUUUUAGAUAAAUUGAUUAUCUGGUUUGGAUUUUACAAUGUUCAAUGGAGCAGGAUGAGGUAAAACUUCAAAACUAUUGGUCCUGCCAACCAGACAACCUGCAGUAAUGAACUUGACAUUGGAGCCACAGUUGCAGCCCUGGUUGAGGACUGCACAGGUUGUUGCAGUUCCUGUUCCCUUCCUCUACAUUCAGCAACCUGCUCAGUUAUGAGCAUUCUAUUAUGAGCGCGAUAAAGUAGGUUUUGCAGGAAGUGAGCUACAUUUUAUUUUAAUCUAUGCUGACCGCAAUGAAACGACCUUGAAUGCUUCCACUGCUGUCGUGGUGCUUUCACAAUUGUUGAGGUUUCUUUUUUACCUGAAAUCUGUGGACAGUUUGAGACAGGUUUAUUGUCCAAGGCUUCGACCAGAGCUUUUUAUCUUCAAAAAGCCAUUUCCAAUCAAUGCAAAAUCCUGUCAAGUAAGAUUUGAGGCAGCCUGUGGUUUUAGUCACGUGAAUGCCACUUACAAGAGCAAACUGAUCUUUGUUAAAGAUCAUUUUUUCCUACAGCAAUGAGUAAAAUUUGGAACCCUUCUCAAAAGGUGCCCAGUAUUAUGUUUGGAGUGCUUCUCCUGUGGAUCCUUCAUGUUAUUUGUUCUAAUGAUUUUCUAAUCUUAAAUAUAAGCAUGGCGACAAAAGAUUUACGAGAGAUUUACAAAUUGCCCCAAAAGAGGCAAAUUGCCCCCUCUGCUUUGUUGACAGGGGUUUACAGGUCGUGAUGGACAUGAUGGACAUGUGUUGAAGGUCGAUAAUCCUUUUAUUAUCAUGUGUGUUAGCAAAAUCUUUUUGUAAAUUUGCCAAAAAAAAUCCCACAUAAAUUACAAGCCACAGCAAUGCAUUGAGUUGAUGCUUUGAGCUCAGGACAGGAUAUUAAUGAGAAAUUGUUUUACUGAUGAUUCCAGAAGCAGUUUAGCCUCUGCCUGAUCUCAGUGUGUGUCGCAUACACUUCUGUCUUAGCUUGCUUUGGACUAUGUAAUAAAGUACCUUUCACAACCUUAUGGCAUCCCAAAGAACUUUACACUCUAUCAGGUCACUCUUGUCAUUUAAUAAAUGUAGCAUUUUACUGCAGCCAUUUGGUAAUGAUCAUGUUUUAUUUGAUGAUGAAUA